AUGAGGGUUUUGGCCAUUCUUUUUUUGUUUGUGGCCGGUAUGUUUUUACUUUUUUACACCCCUCUAGCAUUACAUAUAAAUCGGUUAUUGAUUUCAAUUUUUUGCAGGCCUGUGUUCAGCUGACCUUUACGGUGACAUAAUAGAAAACGUAAGUGAGGGAAACGGUCCAAUCGUAAGAAAACAAAAAAAAGGUUUGGUAAUUUUCUGAUCCAUUUUCGCAGAGUGCAUGUCGCUAAAAUCACUCCUGCGACUUUGCGAACGGACCAGUACACUGUACGAAGUACCUUUUGUUUGAGCUUUUUUUCCAAAUUAGCCGGUUCUUUCGAAAAGUUGUAAAAAAUUGGGAUUUGUUUUUGAUUUGAAAAGCGAGAAUUGGCCUAGAUUUUAGAAAUGUUUAGCUAAUUUUUUUGUAAAUAAUCAUUAUUUCCGCGUAAAAAUGGAGAAGAUGCAGCUCAAACUUUUUUCUUUGGUGGUCUCUUCAUUUUCAAUAGUCUCUCACCGCAAAAUCGCCGUAUAGCGCCUAAAAACUGGUAGUUAUGUACAAUAUUUUUUUAGUAGAAUACAUGUGGCCUACGCAGUUUUUUUUUAUUUUUAGGCGGUCAUGGAGAUGCUUAAGACGGGUGAAAAGGUAUGUCUACGAUAUUUUUUUAGUGGAAUACAUAUGUAACCUACGGAGAUUUUUUUCUUUUUAGACAUGGGAAGAGAUCCACGAUAAGGGUAAAGAGGUAUGUCUACAAUAUUUUUUUAGUGGGAUACAUGUAUGUGGGCUACGCAGAUUUUUUUCUUUUUAGGUGGGCACAAAGAUCGCCGAGACGAAUAGAGAGGUAUGCGUACAAUAUUUUUUGAGUGGAAUGCAUAUGUGGCUAGGCAGAUGUUUUUUCUUUCUAGAUAAUGGAAGAGAUGCUCGAGAAGGUCAAGCAGCUUCAGCGGGAGAAAUUGGUUAUCGAUGCGAUCCAGGAAUACGAAGAUUUGAUGACUGAGAUCGCCCGUCAACUGGUUGCUGCUGCAGCCAACCUGGAAUCGCUCUACAAUCAUCCCAAAUUGGUUAAUGAAUGGAUUAGAAGUGGGCUCGAUGACUUGAUUGUGAGCUUUUAUUGUAGUUGAAAUUUUUUACCCAUUUUUUGACCGAAUUUUUAAAAAUUUCGGAAUUUUUACAAAUAUUUUCAGGACCGAGCUAAAUCCGCUGCCGAGAUCAUUCCCAAACUGCCGCCGAAGAAAAUUUGA